UUUUUAAGCUCACAAAGAACAAAAUAUUUCAAAUCUUUCACAACCAAUUUACUAUCAUUGAUGGAAGGCAAUAACACAUGGUUUGCCUCUUUUGAUUAUUCCCAACCACUUCCCUAAUCAUUUAACCCCUUUUUUUUCCUUUAUAUACUUGAUGAACCAAAGCUCUCUCGAGAUCGUGAUGGCUACUCUAAACAAGCAAAUGAAAGGAGGAUUCAAGUCCUUUUACAAGUCUCGAGAUGGAGCUUGUAACGUACAAGCAUGUGAGUCUGUUUCAGUGGAUAAAGCAUCUGUUUACAAGUAUAACUGGUUGGGUAGGAAGAGUAAGAAGGUCGUUCAUCAACAUGGCGGGUCGAGAGGGGCGAAGGGCGGUGGGGACGGUGACGGAAGCGGGGGAACGGAGGGGAGAAAGAUGGUGGUUGAGGGUAGGAAGUCAGUUUCCCAUGUGGAAACGAACUUGGGAUCAGUGGCUUCAUUUCUUCAAGUGAAGGUAUUGGUAUCAGACAUGCCUGAGAUGAUGCAAAUUCAGGCGUUUAGAUGUGCAAGGAGGAGCUAUGACAGCUUGGAGAAGCUCAGCUCAAAGCUCAUGGCUUACAAUCUCAAAAAGGAGUUUGACAAAGUACAUGGGCCGGCCUGGCAUUGCAUUGUGGGCUCAAGUUUCGGGUCAUUUGUGACCCAUUCAACAGGUUGCUUCCUAUAUUUUUCAAUGGAGGAAUUAUAUAUUUUAUUAUUUAGAACUAAGAUUCAGAAAGCUACUGAAUGAAUGAGUUCAUUUAAUGAACCUAAUGUAAAGGCAAUUUUUAUUAAUAUUGUACAAAACCAAUUUAUUCUUAUUAUUUCUUCCCUUUACUGUAAUUCAAAUGAGAGUCUUUCUCAAAUUCUCAACUGUCCUAAUACUUUAUAUAGUUCCAUUUCUUCCCACAUUUUUCAAUCCUAAAGUUAUGAAGGAACGAGAGGUAUGCAAGCAUUCAACCAAAUGAUGCUAUGGAGACAUCUUGUUGGAUGAUGAAAGUCCAACAUCGGCUAAUUUAGGGAAUGAUCAUGGGUUUAUAAGUGGGGAAUACUAACAACAUUGGUAUCAGGCCUUUUGGGAAGCCCAAAGCAAAGCCAUGAGAGCUUCGGCUCAAAAUGAACAAAUCAUACCAUU